AGUCACGUGACUUCUUUGUGUGCUAGUCUCGCCGCGUGUGAGUCAGUGGAGCACUCAAUCAGUGACUUUUGAAGGAAGAUUCUACAGUUUCUGUGCUCAAUUAUUUAGGAUAUAUUUACGAGUAAGCUUGGUGAAUCCUUGCUCAACGUGCCAUUAUAUGAAUUGGAUAUGCUUGUUGAAUAGUUAGCGCAAACGAGCUGGUUUUCUAACGGCCUAUUUAGGUCAAUGUUGACAAUGCCAAUGGCGAUAGUGGGCCAAAGGCACGCUAGGCAAAUGAUGGCAUUUUCAGGUCCGCCGGCUCCAGUUCCCUCGACACAUGCUAUCUUGACCGCUGCUGUAGCUGUCCCUUAUUAUCAGGUCGUGCCCCCACAGGAUAUUCAGCCAGAUAGGCCCAUAGGAUACGGAGCUUUCGGCGUUGUUUGGUCAGUAACAGACCCAAGAGAUGGAAAGCGUGUUGCCCUCAAGAAAAUGCCCAGUGUCUUCCAAAACAUGGUCUCGUGUAAACGAGUGUACAGAGAACUUCGAAUGCUCUGUCAGUUUAAACAUGACAAUGUUUUGUCAGCAUUGGACAUACUACAACCACCACAUAUAGAUUUCUUCCAGGAAGUUUAUGUGUUAACGCCAUUGAUGCAGAGCGAUCUACAUAAAAUCAUUGUUUCACCACAGCCAUUAACAUCAGAUCAUGUCAAAGUCUUUCUAUACCAAAUACUCAGAGGUUUAAAAUAUUUACAUUCUGCACGAGUCAUACAUCGAGACAUCAAGCCAGGGAAUCUUCUAGUCAAUAGUAACUGUGUUUUAAAAAUAUGUGAUUUUGGUUUGGCACGUGUAGAGGAACCAGAUGAGUCCGUACACAUGACACAAGAGGUUGUAACACAAUAUUAUCGUCCACCCGAAAUCCUUAUGGGGACCAAACACUACACCUCCAGUAUAGAUAUCUGGUCCGUUGGCUGUAUUUUCGCCGAACUGUUAGGCCGUAGAAUUCUAUUUCAAGCUCAAACACCCAUUCAACAGUUGGAUCUCAUUAUUGAACUCCUUGGUUCACCGAGCCUCGAAGAAAUGCGAUCAGCAUGCGAGGGAGCAAAGACUCAUGUUUUACGUAGCGCACACCGACCACCAUCAUUAGCAGCCUUGUAUACACUGUCUAGCCAAGCAACACAUGAAGCAGUUCAUCUACUAUGUAGAAUGCUCGUCUUUGAUCCAGAUAAAAGAAUCACAGCGGCGGACGCAUUAGCACACCCAUAUUUAGACGAGGGACGGCUACGUUACCAUUCCUGUAUGUGCACAUGUUGCCAUAACGUUGGUGGGGUACGACAUUACACCAGCGAUUUUGAACCAAUAUGCAAAGAACCAUUUAGAUACGACUUUGAAGAUGAUCUUACCUCAGUCUUCAAAGUGAAAGAAAAGCUACACAAGUAUAUACUAGAACAGCAAAAAGGAAAUAGUCGCGUGCCUCUAUGCCUUAAUCCAAGCUCCAUAUCAUUCAAAAACUUUGCAAACUCUCAGGUUGCCCAACCCUCAGAACUGCCUCCUUCACCGCAUGUGUGGGAAUGACGCACGUGAUCUCCAAACACUGCCAAAUAUUUAUACAAGUUGUGUUUCUGUGAAGAACGUGUAUGACUCCGCAAUUCUGACGUAUGGAAGUUAAGAUGUCUGAAGUCUUAGUGUUAUAUACAAACAUGUGGACCAAAAUAUAAUCAAAUCAGGCAGCCUAGUCGCCAGUAUCAAGCUCAUUAUUGGGUAUGAAAGGAAGACAUUUCGACGAUAGAGAACAUUGGACAGGUGCAUUUUGGGAUAUGUGAAAAUGGACACUCAAAAAAUAUUCCAACCACAGACAUUCUUCUGAGCUGUGAAGAACCAAAAAUUUGAAUAUGUGGAUUUUUUGCCUUUUUUAUUUGAAGAUGUAUGUUUUAUACAAUGUGUGCUAUGGUGUUUUUAUUUUUCAAAGCUUCGAGAUUUCUUUCAUGCAGUGUCAUGUAGUAUAAUAGCAUAUAAACAGAAAGAUUUCUUAGUUUUAGUGAUUUUGUAUUACUAACAGUAGACGAAGAUUUCUUAUACUAAAUGGUGCUUUCUACGUCGUAGAUCAAAUGAAAUUCCGUUACUUUGGUUUUCUUUUGAUUAGGUUUGGUAAAGUGAAAAAAAAAAUGUAUAAAAGAAAUUCCUUGUACGUGAUAGUACACACAUCCCUAAGGUGAUAUAUAUAUCAUGGUAUGUAGCAUGAUUUUCAAAAAACACAUUUUAAGGUUACAUACCUAGAUGUUAAACUUAAAAUGGAAAAAAAAGACAACGGUGAAAUUAGUCUAGGAUUCAGUAUGUGUGUAGUCCUGCAUUUUACGUCACAAUUUAUAUGUAUCUCACCUCUUUGAUCUCACACUAUUAUGUGUCCAUUUGUGUCAGUAGAAUGUGUUUACACAUAUGUAUGCCAUGUUGUCGUGUAAGAGGCAAGUUUUUUCUAUUUUUAAAUGAGAACACAUACACGUAAGGAUAGCAGACAGUUCCUGUAUGAUGUUAUAACAGCACACACAAAAAUGUCAUAUAGAUAAGAUCAAGGGAGAUAAUUGUUUUUAGAAAACUGCUAACUGCAAAAAAAUGUAUUACUAUUUAUUUAUUCUGGGGUAACUGCUGUGGAUAUAAAUUUGAUAGUGUUGGAAUAGUUACGGGGAUAGAUUAAGUACGGCAUUAAAUAUCAAAUACAAGAAAUUAUAGUAUGACCAUAGAUGCAUUUUGUUAAUAUCUGCCGAUUUAUAACAUAGGUGUACACAACCUUAAAGGAGCGAGUGAGAGCUUAAAAAGCACAAACAGUUGUUAUGAUCCUUGAACUAAUGUCUUGUUUUAAUUAUGAAUUGUAAUAUACAUCUUUUAAUAUGGUUAUUGUGGAAAACUUGAGAAAUAAGAUGUAUGAAUUAAAUGAUUUCAGUAAGGAAAGAAAUACAUUUUGAAUGUAUAGUUAUAUAUGAAAUGUGUGAUGUAUUUAUUUAAGCCAAGCUGUAUUGAAAUUGCUAAAAGCUGUUAAAAAUGCACGAAAAUAUCAUGACAAUCUUCGGACAUAUUGUAAUGUUUAACUCAGGGUAACCAAAAGUUUGCAAAUGAAAUUGCUACAAAAAUAUAUUUCCAUGUGUGUACAUUUGGUAAAAUUGGUGUAUUUAUGCCGAGAUGUGAGAUUUUAAGUAAUGCCACAGAGAAUAGGAAAAUAUAGUUAGGUGAACAUUAUUUCGUUAAACAUUGUAAUAAUUGUUUUGAAGAAAAAUGAAAAUCUGUGAUUCUUAAAAGUUAGGGUUUUAAGUUAAAAUGUAACUUCUUGAAUGAUGUGAAGUUAAGAGGUGUUGUUUAAGAGAAAUGAAAUACUUAGCUUGCCAGGCUAUUUAGGAUUUUUCUUUCGGUAAACCAGAAAGAUAGGUCAGUAAAUAGUGCCAUAGUUUGUACAUAGAAAUGAGUUCUGGUAUUUUGCAAUAUUUCUCUCUUUUUAUGAUGUAUGGAAAGUUUCCUUGAAAGAAAUUCUGUUUUUUCCAUGGACUUUUAUUUUGGGUGCCUAAUCAUGAUACUGAUUCGAAUGUUAUUUUUUGGAAGAGAUGAAAUAUGAUUGCCUUUGAGAGCAUAGCAGUUCAAGAAAGUUGAUACUUGGAGAUGACCUUGCUGUUGAUUUUGAAAUGUGCAAAUAAGUAAAGAAAAAGCAUGGUAGUUUGACGACUUUGAUAUAAAGAACAUUGUAAAUUUGAAAUAUUUCAUUUUAUAUAUGAAUUUAUGAAUCAGAUGAUGAAAAAAUUAACAAGUUAUUAGUUGAUUUAGAAUGGAAAGAGGAUUAAUUUUUCAAUCGCUUCCAAUUUUCCUGUGAUAGAUCUUUAUUUAGCUGGGGUAAAUAAAAAGUUGAAGAUUUCACCUGUAUAUGGCAUAUUUUCAUGACUGGAUGAGCCCUGGAGAAUGAAAUGCUGUUUUUAGAUGUUGGCUUUGCAGAUUAAAGUUCCUGUACUAUUUUGCUUGGGGUUGGUUUUGUGAAGGGACAGUUUUCUAUAUUUAACAGUGUGUUUUCUAUAUAUUGUGAAUGAAUUUCGUCAUCGUUGUGUUUAUAUUUGCAAUAAAAUAGGCUUAUUUGUCUCUAAUUUAUUAACAGAAUGGUGCAUUUUCAUACACAAAGUGUAGUUCAUUUCUCAACGGAUAGAAGAAUGAGUGUUUACAUAUGCUGAACUUUUCUCCUUGUGAAGAAUGUUUUUCAUUGUGAAGAAUGUGUUUUUAUGAAAACAUUUAUCAUUGUGAAGCACAUUUUUCAUUGUGAAGAAAGUUUUUCUUUGUGAAGAAUUGUGAAAACAUUUAUCAUUGUGAAGCACAUUUUUCAUUGUGAAGAAAGUUUUUAAUCUUUAAAAAGAAAUCAAAAGUAGUGGCUCAACCACACACUGUCAUAAGUAAUUGUAUACCUGUACAAAAAUGUUCCGAAUGAAUGGCAGGUCUUGUGUACAAGCUUUUGACAAAAAUUGUCAGCAUCAAUUUUGAUUUAACACUUUUUCCAAAGAAAAGGUCAAUAAUUGAAAAUAGUUUUUGAUAAAGAAUACACACAUAGUGAGUGUGUAAAAAGAUUGUGUGUCAGAUACACCCAAAUUGGAUGUUACCUUUGGCAGUCUCUUGUAAUUUUAAAUAAGAUUUUUCCACAAUUUUUUUUUUUUAACAAUCAGUUGUCCAAAAUUUUAUACAGAAUAUCUGAAAUAUAAUGCAAAAUCGAAUGUAGGAAUAAACCAAAGAUGCCAAAUUCGAAUCUCCGAAUUUUUAUGUAAAUAACUUUAAUUUGUGUUAUAUAAAAUUGUUGCCAUGAGAUUUUGAUUAUUUAUUCUUGUAAAAUGGUACUGAAAAUUGGUUGGUACGCAAGUUAAGACUGGUUUUAAAAGUAUCUAUAUUUGCCUAGAAUUGUCUAAUUCACUGAUCACAUUGGCACUGACUGAAAAUAUCUUUAGUAUUUCGGACAUUAUAGUCCCAUUAUGUGAUGCAAACUUCUGACAGGAGUUUAUAUAGGUUACAUGUAUGUGGCCAGAACAGACCUCUUGGGUAGUACUAAUAAAUCUUUUGCUAGAUAGCUAAAUAUGCUGCAGAAUUCAUUAAUUUUGAAUACCAGUUUAUGCACUUAAUUUUGAAGACCAAUUCAUAUAGUUGAUUUUGAAUACCAAUUCGUAAUAUCUGUUCAUAUAGCUGAUUUUGAGUACUAAUUCAUAGGUUCUUCAGGACCUAUCUUUUUCUCCUCAUUAUCUGUUCUAAUAGUAAAACUCUUCUAUGUUAAGCGUAAAAAAAUCUUUCAUAUGUUUGUUCUGAAGUUAGUACUAAAAGACAUUUUUAGAGCUUAUGUAAUGAAAUACAUUUUUAGUCUCCAUCUUCAGGAUUUUAUAACUGAAAUUAUUUUAGGGAAUGUAGAUAUUUUUUAAACCAACUAACAGAGGUUUUAACUGUGCCAGUUUUUUGCUAUAAACAGCCAUUAUAUAGCUGCAAUUAUAUCAGGUUCCAGCUGCUGCACAGCAAUAUGUAGAAAGUAAUAUGAAAUUAUUUUGUACAUAGCUGGUGUAAAUAUACAUAAAAAUGGUAACAAAUGUGUAAUAGCUAUUUUUGUACAUAUGGUGCAUUUUUGCCUGUUUUCAAAUCCAGGGGAGUGUCCCCUGGUGUUUUACUAAAAUUAUGGUUUAAUAUCUAAAUUAUGAAUUAAUUUAUAAGUGUUACUUCUGCAGAUUUUGGCUGUUUUCUGCAAUAGCUAAGCUAUUAAUCUAAGUAUUUGUCAGGGAACAAUUUUUUUUUUUUUUUAUUAGCCAAAGUACAAAAGCGGCUGUCCAAAUAGAUCAGGAACGUAUAUUAAAAAAAGGCAAAAGAUCAGUUUGCCUUAAAUUCGUUUGUUUAAUAUGAAAAGUGGUCAGUUUUAGUUUAGUUUUGUAGAAGUUUGUCUUUUGUAUAAAGAAUAUAUAAUAAAGAUUGUUUAUUGUGCAUAUGAAGCAUAUAGAUAUAGUUAGAAGAGUUUCUAUCAAAGACUUUGCAAGAGAAAGUUUAUAUGAUAUAUUAAAGUUGUCCUUCACUGCUAGAGUACUCUUGUGUUCCGUAAAAUGCUGAAAUUUAUAUUUUUAUAUUUCCUAAAACUAGAUAUACAUUCUGUUCUGUGGGUAAUAAAUGAAAUAGAUAAAAUUGAAAAAAAAAAAAAAACAGAUCAUUUUAAGGUAGCAGAGCACUAUUAAAGAAGGAUGGACAAUAUCUGUUCCUUUAUAUAUUCCCUGUAUAUCAUUUUGAAUUUCCUGUUGUAGAAAGCAAUGUGCUCAUAUGAGCUAUGUUAACAGCCAAAGAGUUCUGAAAUAUCACAAGAAUAAUAAUCUUGUGUGCGGAAUGUUAGUUGUCAAUUGUCAUGAUCUGCAAACCUAAAUCUUAGGAGAUGAGAAUGUUGCUUUGAAAAAAUGUAGCUAAAUUAUCCAAGGAAUAAUAAAUACAGUAAAAGAUUGCAAUGAUAAUCUUGUAUCCAUUAUUUUUUUCAACAAAAUUUGAACAUUUUACAGACACUAUACUCAAGCUUUGAAAGAAGAAAACCUGAAGAAAUUGUACAUAAGUAUAUAUAGAGCUGCAGAUAGCAGAGUAUAUUUGGGUGUGAGGUUUUUCAUAUAUUCAUUCAUAUCAUUGUCUCAUUAUAUUAGUUGUUUUAAGGCGGUACAACAUAUUUGUCCAAAAACUGACAAAUUGUGUCCAACUGUUUCAGUAACAAACACUUUUCUUCUUGUCAUAAUCAUUACACAGCUCAUGUGAAAAUGUAUAGCCAUGUACAGAGAUGUUUAAUUAUUGUCAUUCCAGAUUUGUGUACAUAUUCUGUGAUUUUUUUCCAAAGGAGUGUUCCUCUUUAUGUCCAUUUAUCUUGUAGUCGAGUAUGUGAUUAUUUAUACGUGUACAUGUAGAAAUCGGUGUAGUUUUUCAUUAGAGGGGAAUUUUCCAUUUUUGAACUUUCCUUUCAUUUAUUUAUAUCUGAAAGUUUUUUUUCCUUGUGUUUAGAGUUUUGGGAAGUUUUGCUUCAAGUUGCCUAAUUUAUUAAAGCUUUGUUGCAAUAGGUGACCUCCUCGAAAAAUUAUUGAAUUUGUAUAUAAAAAAUGUCACAGUACCAGUGAUUUAUCAAUGAGGUUACUGUUUGUGUUCAAAAUUCAAAAUUUCUUUGCCAAAGAAACAUCUUCAUUGCAUGCGUUUGUUGUUUUGAUGAAAAUAACAAAGAAACCCAAACUAUCCUAAAAUAAAGAUAAAAAAAAAACGAUAAGUUUUUAUGUGUGUCAUCAAAUUACUUUUUUUUUUUGUGUAAAAAUAUCAAGCAUGAUUUUCUGAAGAAGAAACAAUGCAAUUUUUUUUUUUAAUGAAAGGGGUUCUAAAAAUGUACUAUUGCAUGUUAGUGUGUAUAUUUUUCUCUUGUAUUCAUACUCAUAGUCAUUUCAUAUUAUUCAGCACUUGUCGUUUUUUGCACAACCCUCUCAGGGUGAAAGUUUUUUCAGAACUUUGAUUUCCACAAUGCUUUUGCAUUUUCUAUUUGGUGUGUAUAUGUAUUUAUAUGAGUUAUAUUUGUUAGUGGUGUGUCUCCUAAAUUUGUACAUAUUGACGUUAUAUUUGGAGCCUAGAAAUUUUGUUGUUUGCCCUAACUAAUAGCCAGUGUCCCUUUUUUUUUUUUAGAAAAAAAUGUCCAUCUACCUUUUACAGUGCAAUAUUUUGGCAGUUUUAAAAAUUAUAUACUCAUUCAUAAAUGCAAUGGACAUAGUCUGUGAAUUUAUUUCAAAUGAGUUGCAAACACAUUAUAAAUGUGCCUAAAUUUAAAAAAAAGAGAUGUGUGUAUAAAUGUUUCACAUUUGCUUAAAAUUGCCAUUUAGUUGUAUUAUGAAGGGUAGAACCAAUAUUGUAUAAUGGAUUUUGUGCACUGAUUCGUUAGUUCUUUUGAUAGAGAUUUACAUAUUAAAUUUUAGAAAAAAAUGAAAUAUUUGUACCUUUUCAAACUUUGAAGAGUUGAUUUUUUUUCUCCCUGCAAUUUUUUGCUGGUCAAAAUGAUAGCAAAAUGAGCCGCACCAUGAGAAAACCAACAUAGUGGGUUUGCGACCAGCAUGGAUCAAGACCAGCCUGCGCAUUAGCGCAGUCUGGUCAGGAUCCAUGCUGUUCGCUGUCAAAGCCUAUUGCAAUUAGAGAAACCGCUGUUGAAGCCUAUUGCAAUUAGAGAAACAGCGAACAGAAUGGAUCCUGACUAGACUGCACGGAUGCGCAAGUUGGUUUUCUCAUGGCGAGGCUCAAAUAGAUUUUAUACUAAGUUCCCACUGGGAAGAAAUGUUAACAGAAAACUUUGCUUUUAUAGUAGACGAUGGAAAAUGGAAUGUAGAUUUUUAUUUGAAACAUUUUUAUUUUUAAUUAUUUUUUUUCAUACACAGGAUUAAGUCUGUUUGAGUAAAGGUUUCUUGAAAUUAAUGAUGAUAAAUUUGAUUUUUAAGAUUUAUUUAUAUUAUCAUCUAAAGAACAAAAACAAGAUAAAAAUCAGAAAGAUGAGUAUGUAAGACAUGUUAAUGAGUGCUUCAGUAAAUGUUAAAGGCAUUGCACAUUGCAGUAUUUAUUCCAUUUGAAAACAAUUCUUUUUUUUCUACUUUCAGUAUUGUAUUCUUGUUUUCUCCCUGCCACACACCGCCUUCACAACAUUCUAUUGUCAGUAUUUAAUAAUAUUCACAUUAACACGCCAUCAUUCUAAACAUGGUAAAGUUCACUUCUGAAAAAAUGCACAUCAUGUAUACUAGACCAUGUAAGGGGUGAAUGUGAUAUUGGAAUAAUGUUAGUUGAUGUGUUACAACACGAACAAAGUUAAGUAUUGUGAAGGUUAUCCACAAAACAAAAGCAUUUAUCAUAUUCAUCCAUUUAGUAGAGUAUCCAUUUGACACAUUUUGACAUUUAAUAUGCAAAUUACAGUUUUAUAUUGUAAUAAAAUAUUUCAUACUGUAAUAAAAUAUUUCAUACUGAUUUAUUUCUUUAAUUCUUGUCACCUGUAUAACUGGUGUGGUCCUCAGUAUGAAGAUUCAAGUUGCUGUUUGAUCAGACAAACUUUAUUUGGUAAACUUUGGCUUUAUUUGGAAAAUUUUCAGGAUCCAUAUUUAUUCUUUAGGUCUCAAUGGGUGGUUGCAGGAAUUUUCUGAACUUUUUUGGAUUAAUAAAGAUAUCUUCAGUAUUAUUGAUUUUAUGUUUUUCCAUUUUUUUAUUUUGAAAAAUGCAAACUUUUUACAAGGAAAAGUAGCUUUUACGUUGACUAGGGUAUCCUGAUUAUUUUUUUUACAGUCCAUCAACAAAUAAAGGCAACAUUUAAAUUUUAAAACUUAAUGGUGUUCAAAAUGGCUGAAAUUUACUAUGGAAACUGCCUUAAAAUCUUUUUCAGAGAAUGAUUUGAUCAAGAUAUUUAAAAAAUUUAGUAAGUUCCUAUUACCACCUUAAGAUUUCUUCAGAGUGAUGUAUAUUAUUAAUGGUGUUAUGUUUAAAAAGAUAUCAUGGAAAAAUCUUGUUUUGGAAAAGAUGGUUCAAAUAGUAGUUUGAAAAGAGGCUAUUGCUAAUAAAGAAGUUACAUACCAUAUAUUCCCUAAUUAACGCAAUCCCACUAAUAAACACCGAUAUCAGUACUUUCCAAAAUAAAAAUAAAAAGUUAUUUUAGGUAAAUGCCAGCACUAUGGUUCUAAAAAUGUUACAAAUCAUUCAUUAGCAGUUGUAUUCUUAGGUGUUUUUAUAUUGUGUUAAUAAGGGAAUAUAUGGUAACAUACAGUGUAAGGAUGGUUCUAACUAAACUGGGAUAAAAUUUGCUGCAGAAAACUUAUUUACGGUCUUUGGAAACAUAUAUCAUACACAUUCUAUGUCUUAUGAUUGCAGUUAGUCUGUAACUUGCAAAAACAGAUGUAAUCUUAACACAACCGCUUUAAGAAUAAUUAUCAAUUGAAUUUGUCAGGAAAAAACUGUUUGGUUUUUUUCCAUUGCAUUAAAGAUAUUUACACUCGAAUGUGUCCUUGGGGCUUGUUCGAAGUUCAAUUAUGCACUUUUAAUGCUAAAAAUAUGUUAGUAUUUGUCAUCGAGUAGACUUAACAGCAUGUAGAUUGAACGUGUUCAGAUUUGGUGUCCUGUGACCUAAUUACUAGCGCAUGUUUAACAUCUGAUCAUUUAUACUUUUGUCUUUAUGUAAUCUAUGAAUAUUUGCAAUAAAAAAGACAAAACUAUA